GGCAGUUUGAAGCAAAAGCGACGGGGUGGUAAACCAUGUUCUAAAUUUCAUGCAGUUUGUUGCCAAAAUACUACUGGCAAUAUUGACGUAUGUGGCAGACUUGAAAUAACAUUAGUCAGCCUGGCUACAAAAUUGCUCACAAAAAUAUAAGAUAGUUAGCUACUCAAGGAGUUAGAUAGCAAGCUAGCGUGUUUAGCUAGCAAGGAAUAUCAGCUUAGCUAACGUUAGCUAGCUCGGUAACAUGGUUUGCGAAUUGUUGCAUGUUUUUCUUGAUUAUUUGACUUCACACAACGCUGUUGAAAUGUAGCUUUAUAAUAUUUAGAAAGCUAGCUAGCGAGUUAACUUUCCAAUUCAAACAAUGGCGAGCGUACAUGAAAGUUUGUAUUUCAACCCAAUGAUGACCAAUGGGGUGGUCCAUGCCAAUGUGUUUGGCAUCAAAGAUUGGGUGACUCCGUAUAAAAUCUCUGUGCUGGCCUUGCUGUACGAGAUGACCACGUCAAAACCAAUUGCUCUUCAGGAAAGAAGGCGCUUGAACAAACUCAUCCUGCCUCUACAACAGGGUCCAGACUUGACUCUUGACCAAUUCCUGAAGACUGUGGAAGAAUGUUGCCCUCAAACAGCAUAUGCUGUGAAACUCCGGUUACAUGAAAUGGCUGAUGGAGAGCUGAAGGACAUGGAAUAUUUCUUUGCCACCCUCCCCACUCCUUUCAGCGCUAUUGAUUCUGAGGCGUAUAAGACCAGUGUUGUUGGCCUGUUCAUGAGACACAUGCUCCUGGCCUACAACAAGCUGUCCUUCAGCCAGGUGUACAAACUGUACAAAUCCCUGCAGCAGUACUACCACAGUCACUACGCCCAGCCAGGUGAUGUCCAGGUGGGGCUGCCUGCCCUGGCUGCAGACGACUCUGACAUGGACCUCACCAGCACAGAGGACAACGUAGGGGAGAGGAUGGAGAAGGAGGAGCUGGAUACUACACCGCUGCAUGAGUCUGAGCUAAGAAAUGAGGAUGCCCCAAGCAGAGGCCCACUCUCGCAGAAGCAAGCAGAGUACUUUCUUGCUAGACAAGCGUACCUUCUAAAGAAUGACGAGAACAAAGCCCUGAAGCCAUCUGCCCUGCAGGACGAGCUGAACAACAUGCUCAAGUUCAACCCUGACUUUGCUGAGGCGCAUUACCUGAGCUACCUGAACAGCAUGCGAGUCCAGGACAUCUUCAUCUCCACCCACAGUCUGUUACAUUACUUUGACCGCCUCAUCCUGUCGGGGAGCGAGGGAAAGAGCAACGGGGACGAAGGCUAUGGGAGAAGUCUCCGCUACGCUGCCCUCAACCUGGCAGCACUGCAUUGUCGCUUUGGACACUAUCAACAGGCUGACCUGGCUCUACAGGAAGCUAUCCGCAUUGCCCAGGAGUCCAACGAUCACGUGUGCCUGCAGCAUUGCCUGAGUUGGCUUUAUACCCUUGAACAGAUGAAAGGAUCUGACAGUUCUGUGCUAACUGAGGACUCAGUGAAAAUGGCUGCCCACUUCUGUCUACCGUACCUGGUGUCUCUUGGCAUUCAGUCCCUGGUCCAGCAGGGGGCGGUCCAGGGAAAGACAGCCCAUGAGCUGAUGGACGCUCUGAAGGACACAGACAUCCUGCACUGGAAGCACAGCCUGUCAGAGCUCAUCGACAUCAGCCUGGCUCAGACAACGUCCAUAUGGAGGAUGUAUGGCAAGAGCACCAUGGCUCAGCAGCAGGCCCAGCUCCUCCUGAACAUGAAUAGCCUGGAGCAGGUUAACUUUGGGGUCCAGCAGAACAACACAGAGGCCUUUGCUGUGGCCCUCUGCCACCUGGCUGAGCUUCAUGCUGAACAGGGCCUGUAUGGGGCUGUGUCUGAGGUCCUGAAGCAUCUGAAGGAGCAGUUUCCACCUCACACCCAACAUGCCAAGGAUCUGGGCUUGGAAGGAACAUCCCUAAAUGACAUCUUAUAUAAGAACGCUGCUUUUCUCAACCUGGUGGAUCCCAUCUCCCAUGAGCUGCUGCUAAGCCUGGCUCGCGAGAUGCAGUGUCCCAAGAAGAAAGAUGCUGACACCAUCAAGUCAUCAGAUAAGAUCUGCAGACAGCUGAUCUACCACCUGACACCUCAUUCUAAGUGGCUCAGACAGAGCAUGUCCAGGCGGAAGUCCCAGGCCUGUCUCAAGACAACCCUGCAGAGAAAGGUAUCCACUGACAGAGUCGACUUGUCUGGUAUCCCUCUCUCCAGUCGAGACGUACGCCACGUGGCCUUCUACCUCCAGAACAGUGGGGAUGCAGUGGUGGCUGUAGACAUCAGUUUCACAGAGCUCCAGGACGAGAACCUUCGUAUCCUGCUACCCCACCUGGGGUCUCUGCCCAAACUCAACACCCUGGCCCUCAAUGGCAACCGGCUGACCCUGGCCAUAGUCAAAGACCUGACUGAGAUCCUAAAGGACCCCAAGAAGUUCUCCAGCUUGGUUUGGAUCGACUUGAGCAACAACUUGGACAUUUUCACCAUGCCCCAGCCUCUGUUAGUGGCCCUACGACGCCGCUGCAGCCUGAAGAGCAGCCUGCCCACCAUCUACGAGUACACAGAGGGUCAGCCCUACUGCUACCACAUGGAAACCUCCAUCGAGGAGCCCAGCCACUACGAGGAGGAGGCAGAGGAAGAGGAGGAAGAUGAAGAUGAGCUGGAGCCGUGGGGUAUUGGGGGUGGAAAGGUUUCGAAGGACUUCACCCUACACUACUGUGAGAGGUGAUGAGGUGACCUCCCCCUGGCAUGGCCCUGCUGUAUUUAAAAGGCCUUCCCACAGCUCCCAGUUCCUACCUUUCCCCUGUUGCCCCUCACACCAUGAGCCCAGUCACCCAUUGUGGCACGAGGGAUGUUCAGCGCCACACAUUCAGAGACCCUUGUCCCAACACAGCCACCAAAUAAUCUCUCACCAUCUAUGAGUUAACCCACACAAGACCACCGCAGUAACUGACGAUUAUGUUAGUGACUUACUGUGUUGGCGGAUGGUGCUCCUGGGAACGAGGUGUGGUUUCAUUGGAGGGGGGCUGAACGAAUUUAGGAAAAGGUGCUCUCUCUCUCGCYCUCUUAAAGUUGCAGCUGUGGAGCAAAUCCCAAGGACUUCGGAUCAGACGGCUUGACGGAGGAGCGGCAUAACGCUGGUGGUCUAAUGAGCUGCUGUUGGUUUGGAAGCAGCAGGUCCCAACCGGGUUCUCUACCAGGACUGUCACUGAGACUAUCCCUGGCAGGCAGGGCCUAGCUCCACAUUGUGUGUUCUCUGUUAAUCUCUCAACAAAGGCUAUGAAACAAGUUCAACAGACUAUACAGCCGACGACCAGUCACGUGACGCCAGCAAAACUGCUAAGUCAAGACUUUUUGCUUUUUCCCCCCCUUUCGAAAUGUCCACUUGUGAAUACCUACGUAGAUGUAAAUGAUGACACAAAACAUGUCUCUGUUGUAUUUCCACAGGCUAUUUUAGUGCGCUGCAGAUGAACAAAGGCAUCUUAUAAGACAACAGGUAGCACUCAACAAUAGACAGAUUUUUUCACUGAUUGUUUGCGGUGUCCAAAACUCUGAUAUUCACGGCUCCAUUUAGCAAUUUGAGUCAUUAUCAUAGCCACUACAUUUCAGGAUACAUGUGGGAUCAAUGACAGUACAGCCAACCCCCAAGAGUGGACCCAUUAAUCUCUUUGUAGAAAGGGUACCCAAAAUGUAAACACAUACUGACCACCCUUUAUACUAAUAUGUCAUUAUUAACAUUUAUAUGUGCUUACUUGUUUGUUUGUUUUAAGGGAGGAACAUGACUGUUACAUUUCCGUUGUAGGCUAUAUUGCCAGGGCUGAUAAUCAGCAUGGUGGGCUGAGUAUAGUGUAGUGCUGAAUAGAGGUGGUCUUUAAAAUAACACGUGGUAGUCAAGUUGGGUUUACCAGCUGCAGCUCUAUGCUGCAUUGCACUUAAAGAAUUGUAAGAAAUGUAUUGAAUUCAGAUCCAUUUCAAACUCAUUGAUGCGUUGACCUGUUUUUUCCAAGUCAUCUAAUAGUUUUUCGCAAUAAUAUGUAAGAAGCUUAACCACACUGAAACCAUAAUAUACAUAAGGGUCAUUCAGCAAACUGAUAUUAAUGAAGUCAAUGUAUUGAAUAACAAUAAUUGAAUCACAAAGUAAUAUACUUGUAUCAUCUGAUUGAAUAUGUGUGAGGGUGUUUAAUCUGUAUUUGCUGUUGUGUAUUGUCUGAUUACUGUCGUAACUGUUUGUAUUCUUGCUUUGACGUUGUGUCCUUUGUCGAACCAUGCAAUUACCGUAAUUAUUCUAAUUGUGAAAAUGAGCACACUAACCUACUCUGCUGGAACAAUUAGGGGACACACAAGAGGAAGGUAUUAAUAUAGUAAUGACAUACCACUACUGUCAUGUUCACUGAAAUGUAGCACAGGAAAGUGCUUUGUAUGUAAGGUAUGUGUAUGUUUAAAAAAUACAAGAUCAAAGGUGUUGUAAUGGGAGAGAACUAUGGCAGGAAAAUAUUUUUCUCACGCUGUAUAUAUGGUAGCGUUGUGUGUCAUUGUUAUACUAUUUGUCAACUGGGUCGUUGUAUGUAUAUCUCAUGCCAUAUCUUGAAUGACAUUUUACUGCAAAUAAAA